GUAAUACCAUGACCAUUAACCACACAACCAGCAGCAGCUUGGAAACACAUGCUGCAAAACCACCACCAUCAGACUGAUCAACACAGUGCCAAACCCCAAAUAGUGCCAAAGCCCACGCCUCAUACGGGAAUUCUUUUUUUAAAACAGCAGCCCUCGUCAAAAGGAGGUCUCUACUCUUUCUUCUCUGCGUGUUUUGGUUAGUCAACUGCUAGCUACCAGUGAUAGAUAAGUACAUACAGCCAGAGGAAGCAGUCAUACAACGCCUUAAAGAGAUUUUUGGUUGUCCCUUCUCCUCCUUCUCAAAACAGGGAAUACUACUUAUCCUACUCUCUAACCUCCACUAUGGUGUGGGUGUUUCUUCGUACUCGUCGUUCCACAAGACAGUAGGGGACUCCGUGGAGAUCCCUGCAGGCUUAGAGGGGCAAAAUGUCACCAUAAUGCAGUGGAAAUACAGAGGAAAGGAUAUUGUAGAAUUCAACUCAGAAGUUGUAUAUUCACGAGGAUCCCAGUUUGAUGGGAGACUAGAGUUGAAUGUCAUUAACUUCAGUUUAACAAUUAGGAAACUUACUCUGCAAGACUCAGGGGAAUUUCUAGUUACUGCUGAAACAGACGAGCAGAUUCCCACUAAGGCUGUCACUCUUCAGGUUCACGAGCCUAUAUCGAAGAUGGUGAUCCAGACAGACAUCAAGCUAUUGGCCAACCACUCCUGUACGGUACGGCUGGUGUGCAACGUGUCCUGCUACCCCAACCUUACCUACACGUGGAAGAGAGACAAUGAGAUCUACGGUGAUGCCCAGCAGAUUCAAUUCUCUCUCUCACCAGCAGAGGGAGACAUCAAUGUAAAGUGCCAUGCCUCCAACCUAGUCAGUUGGAAAACUGCCUCUACGACAGUAAAGUGUAGUAAUGACACAACCACCCCAGGACAGGCAUGGUAUUCCAUCUACAUCGGAGUAUCAGUAGGAGGAGCUGUGGUGCUGAUCCUCACUGUAGCUGUGGCAGUGUGCUACUGCAGGAAACACCGUAACAAAGCAGAUCUAACUGACAACACAAUAUAUGCUGAUGUUAUGGACAACACAAGAAGUAGAGAUACAAGAUCAAACAGUCAUGUAAACCCAAUAUCCAUCUAUGAAACUGUCAAUGAUCUGGUUAUCCCAAGAUUGAACAAGCCGCAGACUCUGUAUGAUAAGAUCACGUUUGGACGCCGGGAAGCCCACCCUUCUCCUUUCCAGGAAGUAUUGUGAGCUGAACAGGAUGUGGUCACAGGCUGUGCCUUCCAUAGAUAUAGAACCCUCUGCAUCCUCUGCAUCUGUACAUUCUGAAGAUAGGCCUAGAUGUUACUGUUUAAUUUCACGCCCUACACUAUUUGUUUACUUUUUCAUGAUUGUAAUCUUCCCCCUUUGUUGAUCUCAUAUAUACAUUGUAUAUAUUUACAAGUAUGUGGACACCUAUUCAAAUUUGUGGAUUCAGCUAUUUCAGCCAAUCUCCACAGACAAACAUUGGCAGUAGAAUGGCAGCACUGAAGAGCUCAAUGACUUUAAUCAUGGCACCGUCAAGUUUUGUGGCUGUUUUUCAUGGUUCACGCUAGGCCCCUAAGUUUCAGUGAAGGGAAAUCUUAACACUACAGAAUACAAUGACAUGCUAAACGAUUCUAUACUUCCAACUUUGUGGCAACAGUUUGGGGAAAGCCCUUUUCUGUUUCAGCAUGACCAUGCCGUCAUGCACAAAGGGAGGUGCAUACAGAAAUGGCUUGUUGAAAUCAGUGUGGAAGAACUUGCCUGGCCUGCACAGAGCCCUGACCUCAACCCUAGUGAACACCGUUGGGAUGAAUUGGAACGCUGACUGCGAGCCAGGCCUAACUGCCCAACAUCAGUGCCCAACCUCAUUAAUGCUCGUGGCUCAAUGGAAGCAAGUCCGCAGCAGGUGUCCACAUACCUUUGGCCAUGUCAUAUGUAUACAGUACCAGUCAUAGUUUGGACACAUCUACUCAUUCCAGGGUUUUUCUCUAUUUUUACUA